UGAAGCUCAUCACCAUCAUCAUCACUACCGCCACCACGCUGCUGCUGAGGGCCCGGUCCACCUCUUCAGCCACGCUGGGGGUGGUGCAGACUGAAGGGGGGCUGGUGGAGGGGGAGAACAUCAGGAUGGGGUUUUUUCAUUCUGUCGACGUUUUUAAAGGAAUUCCAUUUGCUGACGUCCCAGGAAGGUGGGAGAAACCCAAACCCCACCCAGGAUGGAGUGGAAUUCUGAAAGCAACAAAAUACAGAGAGCGCUGUCUGCAGGUGACUCUGCUGCAGAUGGGAACGCACGGCAGCGAAGACUGUCUCUACCUCAAUGUGUUUGUUCCACAGGGACGCAAAGUGUCGACUGGCCUUCCCGUCAUGGUGUACAUCUUUGGUGGUGCCUUCCUUUUGGGGGCUUCAAAUGACGUUGAGGUCCUGGGGAACUCUCUGUAUGAUGGGAAGGAAAUGGCCGACAGGGGCGGGGUCAUCGUCAUCACGGUGAACUACCGGGUUGGAACACUGGGUUUCCUGAGCACCGGCGAUUCCAGGAUCCCAGGUAAUUACGGCCUCUGGGACCAACAUGCAGCCAUCUCCUGGGUCCACAGGAACGUCGAAGCCUUUGGUGGUCACCGUGACAGUAUCACCAUCUUUGGCCAAUCAGCUGGGGCCGCCAGCGUCAACUUCCAGAUGCUCUCCCCCUACAGUAAAGGGUUGUUCUGCAGAGUGAUCUCCCAGUGUGGCGUGGCCCUGGCCCCCUGGGCCCUGCAGGCAAAGCCCAUGGCCGUUACCAAAAAGAUUGCCCGGAAAGUCGGCUGUAGUACCACCAACGAAGAAGAGAUGCUGCUGUGUCUGAAGAUGAGCGAUCCGGCUGGGUUGGCCAUGGCCGGCAAAAUCAACCUGCUCCUGCUGGGAAAGGGUCCAGUUUUCUACCUUCUAGAACAUGCUCCAGUGAUAGACGGUGAUUUUAUUCCUGACCACCCGAGUCGGUUGUUCCACAACGCGGCAGAGGUGGACUUCUUAGCCGGAGUUAACAGUAUGGACGGCCACCUGUUUGCUGGGGUUGAUGUACCAUCCAUCAACAGGAAACGCAUCCCCACCACCAUUGAGCAGGUGAAGAAGCUCCUGGCUGGACUGACCAAAGAGAAGGGAGCAGCAGCAGUCCAAACGGCCUACAAUACCUACUCUGCCCACUGGGGGUCCCAACCACAACAGGAAGUGGUUAAGAAGACGGUUGCCGACUUGGAGACGGACUACCUCUUCCUGGUACCUACUCAGACAGCCCUCCAUCUCCAUGCCAACCACUCCAGUGGAGCCCGUACCUACUCCUACCUGUUCAACAUGAAGACUCGUAUCCCAGGAUUCCCCAGGUGGGUGGAGGCGGAGCAUGCAGAGGAUGUGCAGUAUCUAUUCGGUAAACCUUUCGACAUGCCACUGCUCUACUUCCCCCGUCAUAGAGACCUCUCCAGGUACAUGAUUGCCUACUGGACCAACUUCGCAAAGACUGGUGACCCCAGUAAAGGAGACAGUAAAGUUCCAGUUCCCUGGCCUGCUUUCACUAAAAUGCAGCACCCUUACCUGGUCAUCAACCACAAGAUGAACAAGUCCUCUGUCAGGUACGACCUAAGAGAGGAGUACGUCCGCUACUGGACCACGACCUACGCCAGCCUACCAAGCGUUUAACCACACACCAACAGCCCGAAGAACGGACGGAGGGAGGGAGGGAGGGAUGGAUGGGUGGAUUAAUCAAGAUGGACGGCUGCAUGAAAAGAAAAGAAUGAUUUGGUCUAUUUUCCAGCGCAUCUCUCCGUUUAUGUAGAGUCUAAGAAACUGCAUAGGAACUCAGUUACCACGGACACUGGGAAGAGACAGAGACAGAUGGAGAGACAGAUGGAGAGAGAUGGAGAGACAGAUGGAGAGACAGAUGGACUGAUGUGAUAGGUGGAGACGGAUGGUAGGACAGAGGGGGAAGAACAGAGGGAUAGCUGAAUGGAUAGAUUCUGCCAUAAAGAACAGAAUAUUUGUUCUACUGUUGGGGUUUGUUGGUGAGAUAAUAAACUUAAAAUCAUC